AUGAAGAUUCGAUUCAAGGCUCCCUCGGGUGGCGGAACGCUGGAACUCGACGAUGCCUCUACAGUCGACCAGCUCCUCGAAUCUAUCAAGUCGAGCACCGGCUUCGCUGACGUCACUGUCAAGUAUGGUUGGCCUCCUAAACCUCUAACCGCUGACCAAGGCCAACUCUCGGCGCAAUCUCUCAACCUUCAUCGAGAGAACCUGACUGUCGUCCCCAAGGAAGACGCUUCCGCUGCCGUCGCACACAAUACCCCGCCCAUGCCAGAGCCCGUCGCGACCACCGCACCCCCGCAGCGGCUCUCCCCGGCCUUCAAUCUUCGUUUCGAAGCCAGGAGAAAAGCAAAAGCCAGGGUAUUAAGGACCAGAACAUUAGCGUCGCUAUGCCGGAAACUGGCUCUACGCUAG